UGGUCAGUGGCCACUCGGAGCGGGCACGGCGCGGUGACUGUAGGUAGGCGGCCCGUGGCCGCUGCUCCGCCGGCCAAGCAUGCGCUCUCCCCUGCCGCAGUGGGCCGGUCGGCGAAUGCUGUUGGUCGUGCUCUCGGGGCUUGUAGCCACCUUGCUCGUGUCUUGGCUGGGUGAUCUGGAAACACGAACGCUAAGAUGCCAUAAAGGCGACAACUUAAUUGCAGCAAGGCUGGAAUAUCGAAAGAAGAGAAUCAGAGAAGCAUGCAACAGUUACGGAUACUCUCAUUACCGGUAUCGUUGGUGUGGUGAUGUAUUCGUCGAUAACAUUGUCUGGACCAGACUACCGAAAGUCGCGACAACUUUCAUGACAGCUCUUAUUCUUCGAAGAAUGAUGAACAACUCAACGUUGAAUUGCCACGCCAGCAGCUGUUUUACGUUACUGGAAGCUGCGACCUCCAGUGACAGUCGCAUUCACGACGAGCUGAUCGGUGUCCGGCCGGACGGCCCUGGCGGCUCGCUGCUCAUUGUCAGAAGGCCCUACGACCGGCUCGUCUCGGCGUUCCUCGACAAAAUAGCCAGAGAUGAUCAUAUGAAGCUUUGGGAUAAAAUCAAGCGGAUAUCAAGCAGAACGAACUCGACCAUGCCACCAACUUUCUCAGAGUUCGUCAAUUUUGUCAUAUGGUCUGAUGAAAACGAUACAGUGAUGGACGGACAUUGGGACACCCAGGAGCGUCUGAGCCGCGUGUGCGAGCGCGACUACCAGUACAUCGUGCAGCUGGAGACGCUGGAGGAGGAGCUGCCGUACGUGCUGCGCCGGCUGGGCCUGGAGACGGAGGCGCGCCACCCGGUCACCUCGCGGAACGCCAGCCCGCGCCGCUACGACACCGACCACUACCUUGACCAGCUGACCGAGGCCCAGCUGGCCCGGCUGGACGCCGUCUAUCGAAUGGACAUCAUACUGUUCAAUGGCUGACGCGCGGAGCGGGAACGGGAUACUGCGCAUUUGGGUCAUGGUUUUUGCCGAAUAUCGUUGAGAUAUUAGCUGUGUGCUUGUAUUUCCAUGAGGGUAGCAAAGCCUGUGAAAAGAUAGCCUCUCGUACGCUUAUUAUUUUAUGGCAAAUAACUGACUCUGUGAAAAGGUUCACGUAGGUAUGGAAUUAUAGGUGGUGACCUGAAUAAAUUAUAAGUUGUCUGUGUCUCCGUCAGCCGUAUGUGUCUUAACUUAACCCUCGCCCGUAUAGGGGGUCGAACGGACCCCCCGUGGUUUUUCGCGAAUAACUCGCGUAAAAAGCGGCCGAUCGCGACGAAACUUUCAGUACCCUCGCGUUCAUCAAUUUCACACCUACCCUGAAAAUUUCAUGACCCUGACCCAAAUGACCUUUGACCUGUGACCUACUUUUCGAGACCAUGUUUGGCUGGAAUCGCGAUUCGGCGUAUGUCGGCUCGCAUUAGCCGCGCGUUUGCAGUCUUUUCGUGGUUUCAAGCGUUCAAACAUGUGAUAUGAUGUUGCCCCCAUGCAUUAGGGUGGGUGUCAAGGUCACCUGAAGGUCAGGUCAGGUCAUUGACCUUUGAUGACCUCGGUUCACUUUUUCGAGUUUUACAUGUUUCUAGGCCAGUUUUCGGAGCUGAAUUCGAAUUUAGCAACCAUAUGAACAUUUACGAAGUAGUUUUAGUGCCUUUGUAACAUGUUACGAAGCUGUCAGAGGCAGUUGCCACCUACUACGAAUACCCUUACUGGUUGACCUGACCUGACCUGACCCGACCUGGCCUAAAUACAUGAAGACAUCAUCUGUGAUCAAAACUAACAUGAUAUUCGUGAUCAGCACCCCGAAAACCCCCAUAGCAGCCACACUUUACGACGUUCUAACUGGUCCCGAUUUUCCCGCCUUUGGGGUCAUUGACCUGACCUGCAAGGUCAACCAAUGAACUAGGACCUUAAAAUUGGGUAUCAUCGGCUUCCUCUCGUCACGGGCAACACGCUCGUUUUUUCCGCGAAGCUCUAGCUCGAUCAGGGGCGAAACGGCAAGGGGGAUCCAACGGACCCCCCCCCCCCCCCUUAUACGUUCGCGGCUGGAAAAACACCAAUACGGGCGAGGGUUAAUGCGCCGGAACGGCGCCGCGUAGCGACGUGAAAUUUGGUGACCACAAACUUUGGGUGGGGCGGACCAUCGUAUCAAAAGAUGGGCGCAAUUGGACCACGGGUACGGCGUCAGCGCGUGCAUCUCUGCCGCAGCCUGGGCGCGGCCGGCGCCGAGCAGAGCCACUAUUGUAAAACGUAAUCGUUGUCGGCUGCGAAUUUUAUUUCUUGUUCUGGUUCACGAACUGGUGGCGCGCCGUGACAGCGUCGGCGUCUACAGGGCGUUGAGAGACCCGCGCGCCCCCGCCGCAGUCCGCUCUCUGUUCACCUCACGUGCUGCCGUCCCUAGGCGCACCACCCGGUCGACGGAGGCGGGCGCUCUUGUGCUGCCCGCCUUUCGCUUGUCAUCGUCACGUCGGGUAUUCUCGUACCGGGCAGCCUCGUCCUGGGACCGCCUGUCGCCGGCCGUCACUGGCUCUGGGACCCGCGCCGAAUUUCUGCGUCGGCUUUAGCUGUAUUGUGUGACGAUGGUCGGCAACUGUACAUAUACUGUAUUUUAGUGAUUUUUAUCUUAUGAUGUGUUCAUUUUUUACCCUUGUGCCCUUAUGUAUUCUGACUCGGACCAAACAGUAAGCCAGCACUUGGAAUUGUCCGUUAAUACAUUGCAGUAUUGCACAUUGGAACAUAGGGACA